AUGCAAAAAUCAAAGGAAAAGCUUGAUUACUAUAAAAUUCUCGGAGUGGAUCGGGAUUGUUCCGAAGAAGACAUUAAACAAAGUUAUCGGAAAUUAGCCAAACAAUUCCAUCCCGAUUUAAAUGUUAACAAACAACAAGCCACAGAAAAAUUUCAAGAAAUUACAGAAGCCUAUGAAGUAUUAUCGGAUCCUGACAAGAGACAAAAUUAUGAUGCAUUCGGAGAGGCAGGUCUCAAUAACAGUAAUAACUCUUUCGAGCAAAUGGAUUCCGUCAUGAAUCCUUUCGAUAUGUAUUUAAAUCAAUUUGGAUUUUUUGAAACAUUAUUCGGAGGAAAAGUAAAACCUCCAACAAACGAAGAUCAAGAAAUGAUCAUUCCGAUCGAUGUCACACUCGAAGAACUCUAUACUGGAUGCAAAAGAGAUUUCACAAAGAAGAGAAAGAUAAUUUGUAGAACUUGCAAUGGUACAGGAGCAUUCUCAAAUGAACACGUGUUUUAUUGUAAAGCUUGUAAAGGAACUGGACGAAGAAUUAUGAGGCGAACGCUUCCAAGAAACAUUGUACAGCAAUUUUCAACGAUUUGUAUGGAUUGUGAAGGAAGAGGACAAUAUGUCACAAAAAAGUGUGAGACCUGUAAAGGAAGAAAAUUGGUCAAUGAGAUUAAGACAGUCACUGUGAACGUUGAGCCUGGAAGUAGACAUGGAGAGAGAAUUAUUUUGAGAAAUCAUGGAGAUGAAUGGCAAAACAAGGCAACUAGUGACAUUACUUUUGAAAUACGACAAUUACCGCACAAGGAAUUUGAAAGAGUAGGAGAUGACUUGUAUGUGAAAAAAACAAUUACACUUUUGGAGGCGCUUACUGGAUUCCAAUUGACACUCAACUCCCUCGAAAAAGGUAAACAAAUAAUAGUGAAAUGUGAAGAUGAAGUCAUUCAACCAGGUCAGAAAAAAGCCAUCCCCAAUCAAGGAAUGCCAAAGAAAGGUACUACCAAUGAAUUUGGACAUUUAGUGGUUGUUUUUGACGUUGUGUUUCCAGAACAUUUAAAUAUGGAGAUGAAACGAUAUUUACGAAUAUUACUCGAUCCUAAAACAAAAGAUCUUUCCAGUAUACCAAUCCCGCAUGAUUUAAGAUCAGUAUCCUCCUUCUCUUCUUCAUACUCGGAUGGAAAUAUUUCAGCAUUUGAGAUUAAUCAGACAAAAGGAAAUGAAAAACGUGAGAAUGAAAACAAGCACCUCAUUCAUGCACAAUUCCUUCCUGGACAUUAUGGUAUUAAGGCAGGGUCUUUGGCGCCACACAACAAUCUUGAGAGCAGUACUGCUCCCCCAAGCACAGACUCUGAUCGUGAUGGGUCUAUAUUUUCUUUCAUUAAGAAUAAGAUUAAAUCCAUGUUCAUGUAA